AUGAUUGUAGUACGAAAAUCUUGCUCCUUAAGGUCAAACAACUUUUUCUUCUCUAGAGUCCUCAAUUACAACAACUCAUUACAUAUCCACACACUACUCAAUGAUCCUACCAUGGCCAACUACAUCAACUCCACACAUACCAUAAUCAUGGCCGCCCUCUCCACUCUCCCUUCUUCCCACCUCUCUCACCUCACCCACUCCAUCUCCACAGUCUUCCACCACCACCUCCGCCGCCUCUCCGCCCUCCUCUCCUCCCCGACCCUCUUCUCCCUCACUCUUCGCCACCUUCACUCCCUCUCCCUCCACCAUAAAUCCCUCCUCAUUGCCCGCCACCUCUUGUCCAGCCUCACCCUUCUCAAACACUUCAUGCAAAACAACGGCCCGGAAACCCCACCGCCCCUGUUGUACUCCGCCGCGUGCAUGAGACUCCGGGACCUUGACGCCGUCCUUCUCCUCCUCCUCCUCUGCGAACUCCACCAACACGAUCGAGAACUGCUCGAUUCACCGCCUUCGUCGUGGCGUGCUAUUCUCUGCGAUUAUGUAUCUAAAUCCAUGUUGAGAUUGUCUAGUUUUGGUGGGUGUUCUAGCGGUGAAGUUUUGAUCCAGUACAUUGAGUCUGUGGGGAGGUCCUGGAAUUUGGUUAACGUAAUGGGUUUGAUUGGUGGUGGCGGCGAAGGAAAGGAGGGAAGGGAGGCGGCGGCAUCUGUGGCGGCGGUGGUUGCGCUGCCGACGGUGGAGGCGAGUGGAGGAGGGGAGUGUGUGAUAUGUAAAGAAGAGAUGAAGAAAGGGAGAGAGGUUUGUGAAUUGCCAUGCCGCCAUAUGUUUCACUGGAUGUGUAUACUCCGGUGGCUCAAGAAGAGAAACACGUGUCCCUGCUGCCGGCACCGCCUCCCGACUGACGACGUCCGCCGUGAGAUCGAUCGGUUGUUGGAGGAUUUCGCCAAGAUUGGCGGUGGUGCUGGUGGCGGAUCAAAUCGAGAAUGGUUGUAAGCAAUGAUGUUCUAAUUAAUUAAUGUGUAGAAUCUUGUAUAAUCAAUGAUGAAUCAGUAUGGAGUGAGCAUGUCUGAUGAAAAGAGUAGCAAUA